AAAAACAGGCCAACUACUCCGUAAAAAUCUAGCCUUAACUUUUAAAAAAACCGUCCUCUUUGUUCUCUAAACCCCAACUCAUUCUCAACUCCCAAAACCCUAAUCCCUCUUCUUCUUCCCGCAAACCGUUGUUCCUCACUCUCACUUUCAAAUUCUUUCACCCCCGAAAAGAUGGCGACAACCAUUUUAGAUGAAGAAACCUCCAAAAAAGUCAUACGCCAGGUUGAGUUCUAUUUCAGUGACAGUAAUCUUCCCCGGGACAACUUUUUAAGGAAGACAAUCGAAGAAAAUGAAGAUGGGUUGGUGAGUUUGGCUUUGAUUUGUUCAUUUUCAAGGAUGAGAGGUCAUCUGGGUAUAGGAGAUGUUAAAGCUGAUGCAGUUUCUGAAGAAACUGUUAAGGCCGUUGCUGAUACUUUGAGGACUUCUGAUUUUCUCAAAAUUUCCGAGGAUGGGAAGAAGGUUGGAAGGAGAUCUGAACUUAACAAUCCAGAAGAAAUGAUAGAACAAGUUGAUAGCAGGACAAUAGCUGCGUCGCCACUCCCAUAUGAUGUGAAGCUUGAAGAUGUAGAAUCUUUCUUUGCUCAGUUCGCGAAGGUUAACAGUGUCAGGCUUCCCCGUCUUGUUUCACACAAAAACUUGUUUUGUGGGACUGCUUUGGUUGAGUAUUCUUCAGAGGAAGAUGCAGAGAAGGUUAUGUCGCAAACUUUGGCAUACGCUGGUGCUGAUCUAGAACUCAAGCCAAAGAAGGACUUCAUUGCUGAAAGAGAAAAGCUAGAACAGGCAUAUGAAAAGUCAGGUCGUGGUAAUGGAAAUUCUAAAGUUCCUGAAGAAGCCAGCUAUCCAAAGGGCCUAAUUGUUGCGUUCACGUUAAAGAGCAAAUCACAAGGAGAUGAAUCCAAGCAGAAUGGUUCAAAUGAGCACGUUAUUGAGGCUGAGGCUAAGACAAAUGGAUCUGCAGAUAGUGAUAAAAAUGGGGCAGCUGAAAUUGUCGAGGAAACUAAGGCAGAAGCAACACCUGAAGGUACCCCUGACGAGGAAGGGAAGGAAACUGAGGGUGACGAGAAGUCUUCCGAAGGUGCUGACAAAAAGGCUGUACAAAAAACUGCACAAGAAGGCAAAAAUGCAGUUGAAUCCUACAAGGAUGACAUGGAUGUUGUUAUUCGUGAAGAUUUGAAGGCUUUAUUCCAGAAAUUCGGCACUGUCAAGUACAUCGACUUCAAGAUGGGAGAAACCUCCGGGUACAUUCGAUUUGAGGAUUCAGAGGCGUCCCAGAAAGCUCGUGCAGCUGCAGUUCUCACCGAAGAUGGUGGUUUACUUGUUAAGAACUUUAUCGCUACUCUAGAACCUAUUACUGGUGAUCAGGAGAAGGAAUAUUGGAGCCAAAUUCAAGGAAGUCAGCGUAAAUUCCAGGAUAAUAGAGGGGGACACAGAGGAAGGGGAGGAAGAUUCAAUAACAGAGGAGGUGGAAGGCAUGGGCGAUCUCGCGACAGAGAUUCGCCUGCUGGUCGUCACAACAAAGUUCAGAAAGUUUCAGCUUAAGAUUUUGACAAGUGUUUUGCAAUUUUAUGUUCACAAUUUUGGUUCAAAAUUCGAACUUUACAAAGGGCCUAACUUAGCUGUCAUCUGUUUUAUUAUGCAGUGGCAUCUGGUAGUAAACUUCUUAUUAUUUCUAUAUUAAUUAAUGUUUAAUA